AUGAAGUCGGCGGCGAGCUCGCGCGGGGGCGGGUCGGGCGGCCGCGGGGGUGGCGGCUGGGGCGGCGCCUGGGGCGGAGGGCGAGGCGGCGGCGGAGGGGGAAAGCGAGGAGGAGGCGAUGGCGGCGGCCCGGGGGGCAGGGGCGGCUUCGGGGCGCGGGCGCGUGGCUUCGGUGGCGGCCGGGGCCGGGGGCGCGGCGGCGGGGACGGCAGGGACCGCGGAGGCGGCGGCGGGCAGCGACGCGGCGGCGUGGCCAAGAGCAAGAGCCGCCGCAGGAAGGGCGCCAAGGCGGUGUCGGUGGAGCCGCACCGGCACGAGGGCGUCUUCAUCUACCGCGGGGCGGAGGACGCGCUGGUCACGCUGAACAUGGUGCCUGGCCACUCGGUGUACGGCGAGCGGCGGGUCACGGUGACCGAGGGCGGCGUCAAGCAGGAGUACCGCACGUGGAACCCCUUCCGCUCCAAGCUAGCUGCGGCCAUCCUGGGCGGAGUCGACCAGAUCCACAUCAAGCCCAAGUCCAAAGUGCUGUAUCUGGGCGCCGCCUCGGGGACCACUGUCUCCCACGUCUCUGACAUCAUCGGCCCCGACGGGCUGGUGUACGCGGUCGAGUUCUCCCACCGCGCUGGCCGCGAUCUGGUCAACGUGGCCAAGAAGCGAACCAACAUCAUCCCAGUCCUCGAAGAUGCCCGGCACCCGCUCAAGUACCGCAUGCUCAUUGGGAUGGUGGACGUGAUCUUCGCCGACGUCGCCCAGCCGGACCAGUCCCGCAUCGUGGCUCUGAACGCCCACACCUUCCUGCGCAACGGGGGCCACUUCCUCAUUUCCAUCAAGGCCAACUGCAUCGACUCAACUGCGUCUGCCGAGGCGGUGUUUGCUUCUGAGGUGAGGAAGUUGCAGCAGGAGAACUUAAAGCCCCAGGAGCAGCUGACACUGGAGCCCUAUGAGCGGGACCACGCGGUGGUCGUCGGGGUCUACCGGCCGCUUCCCAAGAGCGGCAGCAAGUAG